AUGGCUCCCGCUCUGAUCGCUGCCAUUGACCUGGCCAACUACGCCAGUUCAACGCGGGGUUUGAGUGUCGAUGCACUGUCCUAUAUCGGCAAUGUCUUCUUUCGAGUCACCGACGAUGCCAUUGACCAGGCCCUGGCUCACCUGAAGCAAUCCGUCGGCCGCUUCGCCAGCUACGUUGCCGUCGACGCCAUCACCGCCAUCAAUGAUGUCGUUGCCCUUCUCGAUGCUGGCGCGGCCAAGGUCUUCGUCACCCGCCCGCAGCUCUAUGCGCUCCUAUCCGAGAAGAUCGCCCAGGACCGCCUCGUGCUCGUCCUAUCCGGCAAUACGACAGCGCACCUCACCGAAGCCCUGGCGGCGACCCCACAGGUCGACCUCUAUAUGCACCACGUCCAACACGUCAAAGUCGACGAGCCGUGGCCGACCAAGCAAGGGCCAGAUCGAGCCAAUGUCUUCGUGUCGUUUGCAGAGGCUCGUAUGGAUAGUGUCCUGCCGCUGACCAAGCUCUCCACCAUACCCAUCAUACCCGCCGAGCACCUCACCGUCGAUCCGCAGCAACAGCCUGCCGCGUUGAGCGUCGCGAAGCUCCUCAUGGCCAAUGCCACCAGCGACCGACCGGACGGCUUGUUCACCACCUUGGUCACCGACGAGCGCGGCGUAGCCCUUGGUCUGGUAUACAGCAGUGAGGAGAGUGUGGCCGAGAGCCUGCGCACGGGACGCGGCGUGUAUCAGAGCCGGAAACGGGGUCUGUGGUAUAAAGGCGAGAGUAGUGGUGAUGUGCAGGAACUCGUCUCCAUGUUGCUAGAUUGUGAUCGUGAUUGCCUACAGUUCGUCGUACGACAGAAGGGCCGGGGCUUCUGUCAUCUAGCAACCCCAACCUGCUUUGGAGAGUAUAGCGGCCUGUCGCGUCUUCAGAAAACACUCGAAAGCCGUAAAGCUUCAGCCCCCGAGGGCUCCUAUACCGCCCGACUAUUUCAGGACGAGCAACUGUUAAGAGCCAAAAUCCUCGAAGAAGCAACAGAACUGUGCGACGCCAAAACUAAGCAGGAAAUCGCAUUUGAAGCCGCCGACCUCUUUUACUUUGCUUUAACCAAGUGCGUGGCUGCUGGAGUCUCAUUAGAGCAUGUCGAACGCAAUCUCGACGCUAAGAGCAUCAAGGUCAAACGACGUCAAGGGGAUGCCAAACCAGCAUUCGCUGCUCAGGCUGCCGCUGCUGCUACGAGUCAAACUCCCAAUGGCCCUAGUACGACCGUGUCUGUCGAGGAAGCUGCGUCGGUGCCAAAAAGUAAGCAGGACCCAGCGGGCACACGACACGGUCGCAUUCAGAUGAGACGAUACAUCACUGCCAACGAGACCCCGGAUACCAUCACGGCCGCGUUACAACGCCCAGCUCAACGCGGAAGCGAGAAAAUUGUCGACAUUGCCAAGCCCAUCAUUGAGGCUGUAAGGACAAGAGGAGACGCUGCACUUCUCGAAUACACGCACAAGUUCGAGAAGGCGACUUCAUUGACAUCGCCUGUUUUGAGAGCGCCGUUUCCUCCAGAGCUGAUGCAAUUAGCGCCAGAAACUUCCAAAGCCAUUGAUGUGUCUUUCGAAAACAUUCGCAAAUUCCACGCUGCGCAGAAAGAGGACAAGCCAUUAAGGGUGGAAACAAUGCCAGGCAUUGUUUGUUCGCGCUUCGCUCGACCAAUUGAACGCGUCGGGCUCUAUGUUCCUGGUGGUACUGCCGUUUUGCCAUCCACUGCACUCAUGCUGGGUGUACCAGCUAUGGUGGCUGGCUGCAAAAAGAUUGUUAUCGCAACGCCUCCGCGCUCUAAUGGUAAAGUGACACCCGAGGUCGUAUAUGUCGCUCACAAGGUCGGCGCAGAGUCCAUUGUCCUCGCUGGCGGUGCGCAAGCUGUUGCAGCCAUGGCAUAUGGUACUGAAAGUGUUACCAAGGUUGACAAGAUUCUGGGGCCCGGCAACCAGUUCGUGACAGCAGCAAAGAUGCAUGUCUCCAACGAUACCAACGCAGGUGUUAGCAUCGAUAUGCCCGCAGGGCCAAGUGAAGUUCUGGUGAUUGCAGAUGCGUUUGCCAAUCCAGCCUUUGUCGCCUCUGACUUGCUCAGUCAAGCAGAGCACGGUAUAGACUCACAGGUCAUUUUGAUCGCAGUAGGACUAAAUGAGUCCCAAUUGGCUGCCAUCGAGGACGAGCUCCACAACCAAGCUAUGGCGCUUCCACGCGUAGACAUCGUUCGCGGCGCAAUUGAGCACUCCAUUACACUUGCUGUGAGCUCGAUCGAAGAAGCCAUGAUGCUGAGCAACGAGUACGCCCCUGAGCAUCUCAUCUUACAGAUCGAGGAUGCAGAGAAAGUCGUUGACCUGGUGGAAAAUGCUGGCAGUGUCUUUGUGGGCAAGUGGACUCCUGAGAGUGUUGGUGAUUACUCUGCAGGUGUGAACCACUCCUUGCCCACAUACGGCUACGCGAAGCAAUAUUCUGGCGUCAAUUUGGCAUCCUACGUCAAGCACAUCACAAGUUCUCAAUUGACAAGAGAAGGUCUCGAAAAUGUUGGAGCUGCAGUUAUGGAGCUUGCGCGCGUUGAAGAGCUUGAAGCGCAUCGUCGUGCUGUUAGCUUGCGAUUGGGCUUAGUAUAG